AUGAGUCGCUUUCUUAGUCCCGUCCCAGAAUUUCUAGAGUUCUACAGUGAUCUUGAUCUCCUCGAUACAUUCGCCCCAACGGUCUUAGAAGACCCCUCCUUCGAGGGUGCGACAGUUGCUACUCUCCGCGAGCACUUCAAUCAGUGGGCAAAGGCUGGGCGAAAAGAGGAGCAGGGCGUUAGUGAAGACUACUGUGCACGUACCGGUCGAGCUCGGUUUUGUAUCAUGGUGGACCAGGAAGCCAUGGAAUCGGUUCUGAAUGCUCCCGCGUAG